AUGGAGAGGCCCAGUAAGCUGGCUGAUCUAAAACUUGUCAACAAGUACUACCCGGCGCAGGGUGCUGUCGCCAACUACUCGUACCCAAGCAGCCUCAAGGUCGAGGGACGCUCCUCGGUGGGCUCGCAGGCCUCGGUGCCGGACAUGGUGGCUGACGACCGGGACUCCAUCAUCUCUACGGAUGCUGCUGAUGGGGUGGACAAUCGGGACUCGUACCACUCGUCUGGUGCCGAGCUGUGGGACUCGUUCUGGGAGGAUCCUUUCUGGGAGGCCAACGCGGAGGAGGCAAGCCGUGAGGCGGAUGGGAUCACGCAGAGGAUCAUCAACAACAAUGGGAGUUAUCCGGCGUUGAUUCCCUCGCCGGACCACAAUGUGACGCGGAAGCAGGAGUAUUUCGCCAGCCAGGCCGACAGCAGCGAUAAAGUGGAGGAGGAGGCACCUGGCAGCAACAGCAAUGACGAGCCAGCGUCAGGAGGUGGUGACACUGCCUCUCGCCGCCAGUCGAGGAAUAGUAAAUGUCCCUCGAUCAUCGCCAUCAAACGCGAGGCUGCGGCGGCUGCUACAACUUCUACACCUACCUCUGCUGCCUCCUCCAGACCGGUGACGCCCAAGGCCAGCUAUUCUCUCUUCCCAAAGCCGAUGCCAACACCACCAAUGCAGAAGCAGGAUAUCAACAAGGCGCAGAACCCACAAGCCACUCUCAGAACUCGCAAUCUUCCCCUUCCGGUCCUCCUGGAUACACUCCGCCCCGACCACGCCCGUCAUCAUCGGCCCAUCACCACUGGCUGCGGAUGCACCGACGAAACGAGACUCCUCCCAGUCCUGCCCUCAGAGCCAGCGAUUUCCAGUGAGGCCAUCCAGAACACGCUCCGACACAAUGACAUCUACCUCGUCCACAGCAUCAGCGCCGCAUCCAAGAACGCUCAGCUUCUUACAACACGAUGUGUCGAGUACUCCUCCUACUCCUCCUCCGCCACCACCUCUUCCUAUCCCACCCCCACCACGUUCACCAGGACGCGCAUCAGCAGCAGUAGCAGCAGCAGCAGCAACAACAACAGCUACCACAACAGCUACAACCACAGCAAACCGGCACUCCCAGCCCCAAAUACCCAAGGUUUCAACUCAAGUCCGUCUUCAAAGGUGUAUGACAGACAUCGAACAGCUACCACGCCUCCCUUGUCCAGCUCCUCGCCCUCCUCCUCCUCCUCCUCCUCCUCCUCCCUCCUCCUCCUCCCAACAUCACCCGAUGGCCUACGAAGUAACCACUCCACCCCCACCAUCCUCAACAUCCUCCUCAUCCUCCUCCUCAACCCGCGGCCGGAGAUCCACAUCCACCGCCAUCACCUCUUCCUCCUUCUCCUCCUGCUCAUCCCCACCCUCGCCCCUCCCACCCGUCUUCCCCGUCUCCGUCUUCGAGGUGGACUCGGACUCCGAGACAGAGGGCGAGAGGAGCUUUGCGCGCAGGCUCGCACGCAGCUUCGCGCCCAGCAGCAAGCGCACAAGGAGCGCGAGUGCGGCGCCGAGGUCGCGGAAGGGCCAGGAGGUUGCCAAGGGCCAGCUGAGGCGGGGGCGGGCGGGGACGGUGGUGGUGACGACGACGACGCCGGCGCAGGCGCCAAGGGAUAG